AUGCGAAUGCGAUCGGUGGUCCCGUGGUGUAGCGGAGGGCUUUGCGAUGAGGAUAGAAUGGAAAACCGUUCUCAGCGAUGCGAAUGCGAUCGGUGGUCCCGUGGUGUAGCGGUUAGCACUCAGGACUCUGGAUCCUGCGCAAGGUCUUCAAUACUUCGCCAUCGUCAAGAGGGCUUUGCGAUGAGGAUAGAAUGGAAAACAGUUCUCAGCGAUGCGAAUGCGAUCGGUGGUCCCGUGGUGUAG